GCUCUCUUUGCGAUAUCCAACAUUUUAAGUUCGUUGCGUCUCAUAUCCCUCUUCACAGCCAACUCCCACUUAGGGCCUCUGCAGAUCUCUUUGGGGCGCAUGUUGCUUGAUAUCCUCAAAUUCCUCUUUAUCUACUGCCUGGUACUGCUGGCUUUUGCCAAUGGAUUGAACCAGCUUUACUUUUAUUAUGAGACCAGAGCAAUCGAUGAGCCCAACAACUGCAAGGGGAUCCGAUGCGAGAAACAGAACAAUGCCUUCUCCACGCUCUUUGAAACCCUUCAGUCACUCUUCUGGUCUGUAUUCGGCCUUUUGAAUCUCUAUGUUACCAAUGUAAAAGCCAGACACGAGUUCACAGAGUUUGUGGGAGCGACCAUGUUUGGGACGUACAAUGUCAUCUCCCUGGUAGUGCUGCUGAACAUGCUGAUCGCCAUGAUGAACAACUCCUACCAGCUUAUUGCCGUGAGUAGCUUUGCUCUAUAAGGGCGGUUACCUUGGUUUCAGGAGUGGUGACAGUGGCCUGGAGCCCAUUGGAAACCCAAUGAUAUAGUCUAUCUGCCUUAGUUAUUUUACAUUAGCUUUUCCAGCUAUUAGAUUGAAUUAUUUCUUUCCAAGGUAACUCAGUUUGGACUCAGUCCAUUGGAUCGCAGUAGUCUAGAAGAUGUUCUAGUUAAUAAGACUCUUUGGUUACCUGUUAAAAUUAUGUUUAAAUCUCUGAAUCCAUUUUCUUGCCUUAGUAAGAAGAGCUCAGGAGGUAUGAGCAGUUUGGCUACAACAUAUCCCCUCACUAAUCUCCAGGGUUGAUUGAGCUGAUCCAGUUCUCUAGGUGGGAGGGCUUUAUCUCCAUCUUCACUGCAGACAUCUCCCUCCCCAAACUGAGCAGUCCAUUGCCAAGGACAACCUUCUCAGAGAGUGGCUGUUUUUUUUUUUAUCAACAAUGUAUGAGUAACUGCAGUCCACUGUGGCAUGCUCUUAAGUAGAGUCUAUCGCUGAAUCUUUGACCAUCAUGUUAUCGUUUAGAUCAGUAGCGUUUAUUACUCUAAACUAGAAAUGGCGAAGGUAUAGGAUAUGGGAUCAGUCCAAGCUCUGUCCUGGUUUUUGAUGUCAAAAUGAACAUCUAAACUUAGCUUAUUUUCUUAUGAUCUAACUAUCAUUUCUAGAAAUGGAGUAUUAGCAAAGAAGUUCUGGCUAUCUGAGGUCCUGCUUACUUGAGUAUCAGUGAAUUUGUAUCUUUAGUUGUGUACGUGUAUAUAUAUACCAUAUUUUCCUUACCCAUACUUUCUUUAUCCAUCCGUCAAUGGAUACUUAGGUUGUUUGCAUGUCUUGUCUAUUGUGAAUAAUACUGCACUGAAUGUGGUGGUGCAGAUAUCUGUUCAAGACAGUGAUUUCAUUUCCUUCAGAUAAAUACCCAGAAGUGCAAUUUCUGGGCCAUAUGGCAGCUCUACUUUUAAUUUUUUAAGGAACCUCCAUGCUGUUUUCCAUAGUGGCUGCACCAGUUUUCAUUCCCACCAACAGUGCACCAGGGUUCCCUUUUCUCCAUACCCUCACCACAACUUAUCUUUUAUCGUUUUUAUAAUAGGCAUUCUAACAGGUAUGAAGUGAUAUCUCAUUGUAAUUUUGAUUUACAUGUACCUGUUGGUCAUUUGUGUGUCUGACUCGAUGGUCUUUAAUAUCCUUGCCAGCUCUGAUAUCCUAUGAGUCUGAGUGUCUACAGAUGAAUAGGAUAGGCUCUCAAGGUCCCUUCUAGGUUGAAAUUCUAUCUGUUGCUUUUGAAAUGGAAUAUAGUUCAAUUUCUUUCUCUCCUUCAAACCCAACUAGGCCAACAACUCUGAAACACUCUAUGCUCACUCCUAGCCUGUCUUUAUAAGGGGGAAAGGCAUAGAAUUUCAGGGGCUUAUAUUUCCACCACUAUGCCUACCAGCCAAACGCCCUACUCCUACCGAAGAUGGCAAUAUUCAUGCUGAGGCAUUUGCCAUUUUCUCCCUGGUUGUCUUGCAGCUGACUGUUCCUAAUGGCAGAGGAAAAGGGAGAUAGGGCUGUAGCGUCUCCUACUGAGCUCAGUGACAUUUUGCUAGGAAGGGUAGAAAUCUUCAACUCCAGCUCUCUCACUUGCUGUUAAUAAGUUGUGUUUGCAUGCUACCUACUGUUGCACCUGAAGAAAACACCUCAGCUUGAGAGAGAGCUAGGGGGUGGGGUUUGCAGAGAGAUGGCCUCAAUAGGGUCUAUAUCACGUCACACAUCUAGAGUCAUGACCAACCAUCCUGAAUACUACCCGCUGCUUUGGGAUCCUCUGUUAAUGUGUCUUUACCAUUUGGAAUCGGAUCCAGUGGGAUCCUGAUAUUGGGCAACCUGAUUCCAAAAAUACCUGGUUCUGCUUACAUGGCAAAUACCAGCAAGUAGAUUUGAUUCCACUUGCAACAUCUCCACUUCAGUAUUAAUGCAGUUUUUAGAAAGGCCCAGAUAUGAGGGAAAGCUUACAGGAAGGGAAGCCACUGAAGACAAAAAUCUCUCCUACUUCAAAAGGUACCACAGGCUGACUCAGUCUAAGCAGAGACUCAGUUACUGACAGGCUUCACUGUGAAUCUGUUCACCUGUGCUCUGUGGUCCCCGCCAACAUCAGCAGGUGAAGCUGGCCAUAUUGUAUAUUAUUAUUAGUGUUGUUUGCAAUUAGCAGUGAUUUACUCUCCUCCCUUUAUCCUCUACAUCUCCCUCAAGCUGCUUAUUUCCCUCUGUGACACUUCUUUCAACACAUCCACCUUGUCUCUGUCGUUCCUGAUGUGUAUGCUCCCAGUUCCAUCACGUGAAGCUGUCCUUGAUACCAUUUUAAUCAAAUUCACCCAUAUAUAAAUAUUAGGUGGGAGAAACAGACCAGUCCCAGAAAAGUCAUUUAACUCAGGCCCUCUUCCUACCCCAACUCACCCACAAAGGGCAUCUCUGUUGCCUGAGAUCGGUCCUCAGAAAACAUGAGGGUCAUGAUGAUGUGUGGUCAAGCUUCACUAAGCAAGUUAAUAAGAACCCUCGGUUUCUUUGGCUGCUGUGAAGUGUCCACGCUAAUGCUGAGAGCAAGUAAACAGCGCUUGCCUCACUAAGCCACAUCUGCUGGAUGGCUUGGGGAGAGGCCAUAUAUGUAGGACUGGUUGUCUCCCUUGAGGUGGCGGCAUUUGGAGGCUCAGAUGAUGGAUGGACUCUCCCACUGCGUAAGACAACCAUGCAAAUGAAGACAUUCUUCAGAAAAAUACCUGGCGCCGCAAAAACAGCAGGCAAGGCUGGAAGGGGCCACUGCACACCAUGGAAGUGCCAAGGAGGGCAGGUGGUCUCCCCGCCUUCCCCUAGUCAUCCA